AUGAGUCGGCGCCAAACUUUAAAGGGAGUUUUCAAUUGUGCACAAUGCGAGUGCAACAAAGAAAGGAGAGAUCUCGUUGAACGGGCGACUGUUCAAGGGACCGGCGAUGCUGCCCCAUUUGGUGGGAAUGUUGUUCAGAUUCAGAGUCUGGGAAUCGAUUGCGUUGGGGGACACCAAAGGAGCGUACCUUCAAGUUGCUCUGAACAACGCCGACAAAGAGCUGCUUCGCUUUGUCGUGCCACACGACUGGAGUCUACCAAUCUCCUCUCAAAACAGCAUGCACCUGCGGUUCAAGAGAUUGAACUUUGGUCUCGUUUGCUCAGCUUUCUUGCUGGCUGGAGCGUUGAAACUGCUUUCGAAGAAGAUGGAGAAAUUGUUGAAGAGAUCUUGAAAAAUUGCUACGUGAAUAAUAUUAUGACCAUCGGAGAUAGCACUGAAGAGGCGGUUGGGAAGUUGAAAUAUGCGAAGAAACGACUAGCCGAUGCCUCAAUAGAAUUGAGAGAUCUCGUGUCCAAUAAUCAUGAGCAAAAUGUGGGUGGACAUUCGCUGAACAAG